AUGAUCCACCGCGAAGUAGCCGAUGGUCUAGAGCGUCUUUGGAACGUAAGAGUAAACUGCAUAUGGGAAGCCGAUGAAAGUAGUCGCCAUGGAGAGGUUUAUAUAUUCGACCAUGUAUUUAAGCAGGAAUGUACAAAUUCAGAUGUAUAUGGAUCUGUAGUAAAACCUUUAGUCGAUUCCUUCAUGGAAGGUUUCAAUGCCACAAUAUUUGCAUAUGGCCAAACAUCUUCUGGCAAAACACACACCAUUUUGGGCAAUAAAACAGAUCCUGGGCUUUUCCAAUUAGUAUCCAAUCAGUUAUUCCAGCAUGUGGCAGACCAGGUUGAUAAGAGGUACUUGAUUAGAUGCAGUUAUAUUGAAAUCUACAAUGAAAAGAUCAAUGACCUCCUGGAUAAGAGCAAUCAGGGUUUAACUAUAAGAGAAGAUAUCAAAGGAAAUGUGCUGCUUGAUGCAAGGGAAGCUGUCGUAGACAAUGUUGAUAAAGUUAUGGAGAACAUGAUGCAGGGCAAUAAGAUCAGACGAGUUGCAGCUACUCGCAUGAAUGAGAGGUCAUCUCGAUCACACACGAUUUUCCGGAUUAUUCUGGAGUCGAAAGAUGCCAAUCAGAAAGAUGGACCUGUACAUAUAAGCUACCUUAACUUAAUGGACUUAGCUGGUUCUGAGAGAGUUUCUCUGACGAAAGCUGCUGGUGAGCGUCUUAAAGAGGGGGCUAACAUAAACAAAUCUUUGUCAGUAUUAGGAAAUGUGAUAAGGCAACUAAGCGAGGGGAAGGAGUUUAUCAGUUAUCGCGAUUCGAAAUUGACUAGACUGCUCUCACAGGCUCUUGGCGGUAAUGCCAAAUCAUUGAUUAUCGGGAAUGUUACUUUAGCUGCAGAGGAGGAGACUAGAUCUACACCAGAAUUCGCCCAAAGCACUAAAACUGUCAAAAAUAAAACGAAAGUAAACAUCUUGUCAGCUACAGAAGAGACACUUCAAGGAUAUCAGAACUUGACUCGCGAUCUCGAAACUCGGCUCAAAAGCAGGCAAUUAAGCUAA